CCCAAAGAGGCAAAGAAGCAACGGCCCCAGCGGUCCAGCACCCUGUGCUCCCUUUUCCCACCGCCACUUCCCCUUCCUCCGCGGGCACAGCAGCCAUGGCCGCCUCCAGCGACCUCCUCGACGUCGACCCGCCCGAGCUCCAGUUCCCCUUCGAGCUCGACAAGCAGAUCUCCUGCCCCCUCAAGAUGAUCAACAAGACCGACAGAACCGUCGCCUUCAAGGUUAAGACGACGACCCCCAAGAAGUACUGCGUGCGCCCCAACAAUGGCGUCGUGCGGCCGCGGUCCACCUUCGAAGUUGUAGUGACGAUGCAAGCCCAGACUGUUGCACCACCAGACUUGCAGUGCAAGGACAAAUUCUUGGUGCAAAGCGUGGUCGUCGCCGAUCGCUUAUCGGCCAAGGACAUCACCCCUCAAAUGUUCAUGAAACAAGGGGGUAACGCUGUUGAGGAGGUGAGGAUGAGGGUCACUUAUGUGAUGCCAACCGAAUCGUCGUUAGAGAUUGCGGAGGAAAGCGAUGGGCCACAGCGUAUCUUGGUGCCUAUGCAGCGAAUUGCGGAUCAUGGGAGGAGCGCCUCAGAGCUGUCGAGUGGCUCGGUAUCCUUGAGAUCAGCUGAGCUGGGGACAGAGGUGGGAUCACCUACUGGACCAGUUGUAAGGACUGAAGAAUUACUGAGGGCUGCAGGACAUGCUGCUGAAACAAGAACAUAUACAGGGCCUGAUGCACAGUCCCUUGAGCUGUCGGCUUUGAUUACAAAAUUGACCAAGGAAAAGGAUUCUGCCCUUGAGCAAAAUAAAAAGCUUCACAGUGAGUUGGAGCUAGUAAGGCGUGAUGCCAGUAAACAAGGAGGAUUCUCGCUGAUAUUUGUACUGGUGUGUGGGCUGCUUAGCAUCAUUCUGGGCUAUCUUGUAAAGAAAUGAGGGUUUCAGUUUCAUGUUCAGUCUAAUGAUUUAAUUCCUACAGUAAAUAAAAGGUAACAUCUCGUGGUGUUCGUCGUCGGCCAGCUACCAAGGUUACAGGGAACAGUAUUUUUAUUUCCCCUUUUUGAAACUUCAGAUCAAACCAAGCUUGACGAAGUUUGCAAAUGUCCAAUUGAUGGGGCAUGUCCUGUGGAGUGGCAUCUAAUUUGAUCCAUAAUGUAUUGUAACUAUUGAUAUUAACUAAUUGCCCUUGAUUGUAUGAAUUGUUUAUUGUCAGCUUCAGUGUGGAUGUACCAAACAGUACCUGUCCAAAUCUAAAUAUACGUUUGCUUGAUUUUU